AUGCCUCUCGAUGAUGGGCAGUGCGUACGCCAGUGUCUUGCCACUCCCCGUACGGCUGUGGAGGAUGACGUCGCGGCGGUUGAAGAUACCGCGGUAGCACUGCGCCUGGCACGGCAGGAGGCCACUGAAGCCCAUCUUCUUCAACGCCUUUGUCGUUGCGGCGGUCAUCAACGGUGCCUUCUUCGGCGCCUGCUGCUCAUCUCUGUUUUCCUCUGGUUUGGGGUGCUGUGGCCUUUCAAGUGCGUACUCCUUCUGCAGGCGCUCAAAAGAGAGAUCGACGGCCUCGUCAGUGUGGAACACGACGGUUCCCGCCUUCUUCACUUUGCUGCGUUGAGUACGAGACGCGCUCUCCCAGUUGUAGAGGUUCAUGGUUAG